AUUGUUCUUUUACUUGUAUUAAUAACCAUUACCAUGGGAUGCAUAGAGAGUGUCAGAAACAAGCCGAGUUUCCAUGAAAACAUAACGGUCCUCGAAUUGAACUCUUCAAUCGAUCAAACCCCAACUGUCACUGAUGAGUCUUCCAACGUGGUUCUGCGAUACCGUACACCAUAUUUUAGAGCCGCUGCCCAAGUGCUUGUUCCUCCAGUUGUCCGCAAAGAGAUAUGGACCAUUGGUUGGAUCCAAGCAUGCAAUCAAAUGGAUUUCUUCAACAAAUAUGGCACAGAAGGAGUGUCUAGCUGGGAGUUGCCAGAACUUAAAGAGGGCCGAAUCCAGGCCAUUAGCGACUCUGAUGGCGUGAACUACCCUUGGUACGGCUGUACCACAGAGAUCUACACCAUUGUGGGCCCCACCAAGAGAGACACCAAGCUCACUGUAAGCAUGAACGACAACUUCUAUCCCAGCGUCACCUGGAGUGUGCCAGUGGGCACCACCAACAGCCCGCCUCUGCUCUCCGAAAUCCGCCGCGACCAGCGUUUCACGACUUGGCUGGUGGCGAGGAACGAGGCGACUUCUGAGAUGGCUCUUCUGAGAACCAUCCGGUGGAGAAUGAGACUCUGCAUCGAGGUGGAUCCCCAGAGACCGCUCGGACAGAGAUCGAAGGUGGUGGAGCCCCUGGUCCAAGAGCAGCCUCAGGUGCUGCUUAAGAACGAAGCAAUCCCAACCAACGCCUUGGUAAAGCCUAACGCCAAUGAUGCUCAGGUGUUAGUGUGGAGGCCAAGAUUGGGGGAACCCGUGGUGGUCAUACCACCGAAGUAUUGA